GCAAUGACCUGUUGGGUUCUUUUGGCUUCUUUUCUUGUUGUCUCUGUUUCUGCUGCCACUCAUCAAACGAAAGUUACUAAUAAUCCUGCGGAUGAAUUAGUAGAUGUGCUUAACACUAACAGAACUGCACACAAAUCAACUUCCCUCUAUGACAACCCUGGACUGGCUUGCAUUGCCUUGCAGUACAUAAAAGCGUACCAAGGUGACUGCGGUGCUGUAGGAGGCCCAGAUGCCAAGAAGCCAGCUGAUUCCGAGUUUGCUGAAGCUUUUGCUCCAAGCUGUGGUAUUGAAGUCUCAAGCCUCUCUCCAAUUACCGGUCGUUUACUUGGCUGCGAGACUAAAUAUGUCCCGGCUGCUGAAGCGUUUUCAAAUAUCUUGAUUGAAAGCAGUAAGAGCUUGGAUAUUCUCUACAAUAAGAACCACACUGAAGUGGGAGCUGCUGUGAGUGGCAGUGAUGGUGGUUCUCCAUAUUUCUGGUGUGUGUUGUUCAGCGCGGGCAAAACUAACAGCAGCUUUGUUGCUGAGGAAGGUGAGGUGAAGAUAACAAGACCAGGGUGCUUUAGUGGUGCAAAUGACGAGUGCAAUGGCGCUUAUGAUUGGUCUAGAAGCAGUCGUGUGUGGGCAUUUUUCACCACAGCUCUGAUUGCAAUGGCGUUUGCCUUUGGAUUAUGAAUUUAUGAUAGUGUUGUAUGAGAGUCUGGAAUGCAUUCCACUUAAUUGGGGGCCUUUUCUUUCCCCUUUCUGUUGUAUUAAUAGGCAUGGCCUUUGUAGUUCUGUG